ACCUGGAUAAAAACCAUGACAAGCUCAAAAAAAGAAAGCAGUAUCUGCUCUCCUGAGUCAACAAUAUCUUCUCUUUUAACAAGCUAUAGCAUUGACAGCAAUAAUCCAUACUCAGACAGUUUGAUUCAGUACAAGGACAAGUUUUACAGCUCUGCAUCUGAGGCUCUGGAGGCUUAUAUUGAAGAUUUUGAUCGAAGUGUCACAUCUUCAGAAAUAAGCACUGGAAAAAUCUGCCUAUGUCAAAGCACUCCUAAACAAGUUCAGUUUGUAAAGCAUCAUGCCAGAAAAAACCAUGCAUUGGACGAUUUUAAUCAGCACAUAGGACUGGGUUCUCUUGCUUCACCCUGUAGAAGGCAGACUGAGUGUGACCCAGACUUGAUUAGUCUCGCGACAGAUGACCUGUUAGCAUUUCCAGCAGAUGGAUCACUGCCCUUUGUCCGGCAUACUCCUUUUAAAUCAAGGCAUCAAAAUAGUGAGUGGAACAGGCGGUCGCUUAAAACAUCUUUCUGCCCUUACCAAACCUCAUCACUCGAUACUGAAAGCGGUUUCAGUAGUCUCCCGGAGAAUGGCAAAGCUGUUCCUCACCAGAAUCCACACAAAGACUUCAGCAAAAAGAAACGCAAUGUGUAUACACCUGAUAGCUGUGAUUCUGUCUCCUCUAAAGGAAGUUCGAGACCCUUGUCUUUUGAAGAGACCUCUAACACUUUUCCUUUUAAGAAUUAUCCGAGGUGGCUUACCAGUCAGAAGUCUGACUUAAGUGUAUCAGGGAUAAGUAGUAUUCCCAAUUUUCACUACCCAGUCUGGCUUAAGAGUUACAACCUUUUUUGUGAUUCAACUAAAGAAAAUGAUGGUCAAAAUUUUAAUAUACAAGGCAAAGCUUCCUCUUCACAAACUUUUGAGAUCCUGACAAAAAGACACUCUGUCAAUAAAGACAGUUCUAAUUUUUUUGAACAAAGCAGUUGCCUGGAGCUGAGAGAUGAUAACAAAGUAGAAGAAAGUUACAACUAUGACAAUCCAGAUGCAUGCUCCCAAUUUGAUAACUCGUUUUCAAGAUACACCAAAAAGCCAUUCAGAGAAGACCAGCCUGAGCUACUUACCUUGAAGGCUGACAAAGGUCUGGAGAGUUCAACUGAAGACUUGUCAAAUACUCUGGAAAAUGAUGGCAGUCCUUCUACAACAGAUAUACUAGGAGCAGAAAGAUCAUGGGAAAAUGCUCCAGGUGCUUUCAAACCACCAGUGCCUGUGUGCUGUGAGGACAUGGAGAAUGCGCUACCAUUCCCCAAGGCAGAUAUCAUACAUAAGUUCUUGGAAGACUGUUUAAAUGACAAAAAUAAGGGAAAUACUUUUUCCGGCAGUCAUCAUCACAGGCCUCUUGAGGCUUUGAAGCUAACGUUGUUUAAACUUCAAGCAAUUCAGGGAAGUUUAAGCCAGAAUGAAACUGCUGAGCAAAAGGAAGAGUUUGAAAACCUUUCUGAAAAAGCAGAGGCUGAAUUAAAACUGUGUGACAGUGAGAUAAUCCCCCUUACUAAUUCUAUUCAGAAGGCUUUACACCAUUUGUCGCGUCUUAAAAGUCUUGUUGAAGAUAACGGUAACCAACAAGAGCAGAUGGGUGAUCAUGAAGAAGAUAAACAAGACAAAAAGAAUGAUCUGUGAAGCUGAUAUCUAAG